GGUAAAUAUCUCGUAUGUCUAGGAUGAUGUAGACCCACGUGACUCGCUUUGUUCCAGACUCCACCUCUUUCACGUGAACGCGCCUAAAACCGAAUUAGAAAAUCCUGGGUUAACAAAGCUAGCUGAUAACUAGCUUCAUAACACCGAUAGUUUUUUACCCGUUUCCGUCGCGUGGACAGUUAUUGAUUAAUGUGAAGCGUGUCGUGACUAAACCGAACCUUCUAUUGCGAUCGGGUUUAUUCCGUUUGACCACCGUGGGGAACGAUUUGAUUACUAAAUCUAGCAUUGAAACAUCUCGGAUAACUGCGCGCGCCCGCUCCAUUACAAGGGUAAAGCAGUCGCACGCCGACACCAGGAUCAUUAUAAAUGAACACAGACAUAGGUGAGGAGAACUUGUUCAAGAUCCCAUAACAUAUACUGAAACAAUAACCGUCGAGACUCGCAUACAUGUAUAUUUACAGUUCCCUUCUUUUUAUAUAUGUAAAAAAAAAAGAUUUCCAGAUGAUGAAAAAACAGGAGAGGGCACAUUUCUUCAGCUCUCGAGAGCAGGAACUCAUUUUGAAGUUGUAUGAAGAAGAAAGAGGGAUAUUAACAGCCAAAUCAAACACUACCACUGCCUCAAAAAUGAGAGAAGAAGCUUGGCAGAGAAUUGCUGAUAAAAUAAACACGGUAACGGACAGUGGCUACAAAAGGUUGUGGCAGCAAGUAAAAGUCAAACAUAAAAAUAUAGUGCAAACAGCAAAAAGAAGACAGUUCGAGGUGAUGAGGAAUGAAGGGGGGUCAGCAACCCCAUCGCUGACUUCUUUAGAGGAGGAUGUGCUGCAGCUCAGACACAACAGGCUGAUUAUGGAGGCCCUCCCAGGAGGUGCUAGUGUCGAGCCACUGACUGGAUCUGACGGCUCAUUUAUUAGUGUCUCAGGCCAUCCUGUCCUCCUCUUGCCCGUAACAAAGACUGAACCAGAGAGCCUGAGCAGUGACGAGACAGACGUCAGCGAGACUCAUUUUGAAGGGGAUUUGCACAACUUCCUGGGGAGGGACAAUUCAGAUUUUCCUCCAACCGGUGGCAGAAGAGCGAAGAGACAGACAGAAGAUAUAAGAGCCCUUUACUGCUCCUACCUCAAGAAGGAGAUAGAGAACCGUGACCAGCAGAUGGCAUACAGAGCACUUAAAAUGAGGAAGAUGGAGAAAGAAAUUGUAUUACUUGAUAAGCAGUUGAUGUGACCAUGCAAAUAAAUGCUAGUGUUUUAUCUCACUAUUAUAAUAUGUUUAAACAA